GACAAAAAAAAAAAGAGGAAAGGAUUUUUACCAGCUAUAGUUGGGGCAGAAUGGAUGUUGGUAGAGAGAGUUCAAUUCCACAAAUAAGACAUUUCCAGAUUGAGGGGUCUUGGAUUCCAGCAACUCCAGUGAAGAAGCCCAGUACAGAAGAACCGCAGCCGAUCUGCACAGACAGGCAUGAAAAUCAGCCAAAUUGGUUGGAAAAACAGAGAUUUUCACUAGAGAAUCAGCAAGGACAAGCAGGUUGGAGACGAUUAGAGAGAUUUUCAAAUGGGUUUUCGCCAGAAACUGAAACUCGUGAAGUAGCUGCAUGUUGUGAUUCGACAAAUUUCAUAGAAUUUAACGGGGGUUUAGACUACAGGGAGGCAGCUUUGGACGCAAAAACCCGAAUUUAUGGAGAUAAUGUGAACAUAUGCAAUAAGUUUUUCAUGAACUCUGUGGACCAAUAUAAUGAUUUGCGUUUUGGAGAUCUAUUGGCCCUCGCAGAUGGCAAAGCAACUGCAGGGAUCAAGGUUAAUACAACAAGUAGUUCACUGAUUUCUAAUUUCAAUUCUCAGAUUGAAGAUAACCAGUUCAAGGCAGGCACAGCAAAUCCAAUUCUCGGAAAUGAAAGUCUUUCAGGUGGAUCAAACUUUCCUCUUUACAGUGAUGGCGCAAACAUAAAGUACCAUGGGGGCUCUGUUCCUUCCCAACCAUCCUGCCAUCUUAAUUCGCCACCUAGGACAGCGGCAGAUGCAGUUAUGAGCAGAAACAUCUCCUCCCAGUUUGCACCCAUAACACCAGACCAGGCCAAGAGGGUCGAAAGACAUGCAUCUGAUAUACCAAGUUCAAUUAUAGACAAAAGAACAAGUCAGAUGCACAAGAAGCUGGCAAAUGAAGUUUCCAGCAAAAGGGUUGAAGUGGAUGAGCUCCACCAGGAGAAAGAACAAUCACAGCUGCUUGACGAUCAGUUAUGUGCCGCUGUUUCCACACAGUUGCAGGAUAAUCACAACCCUGACAAGGGAGGGGACGAGGCUGACGUGUGCAAAACACCACAACAGAAACCAAGAAAAAUAAAACACAGGCCCAAAGUGGUUAAAGAAGGCCAGCCUAAAAGGACUUACAAACGAAGGACUACAAAGCCUGCUGGCACUGCAGAAACUCCAAAAAAGUCAAAAAGGAAGUACGUUCGAAAAAACUCCACAGCCACUGGCUCAGCAGAGGUAACCAGUGGAACUACCAGCACAAAGACGGUUGGUUGCAAAAGAAAAUCCUGCCGGAGGGCCUUGAAUUAUGAUGUUGAAUGCCAAGUGCAAGAUGAAAGCUCCUCAUGCAGGCCAUCUUCCAAUGUUAACUCAGAGUCACAUGCACAAAACUUCUGUAGCAGGGAUCAAUCAAGAUCACUUGAGCAACUCACACAGCGGGUGGAAGUAACCGUAGAAAAGACACAAAUGGACAUUGCUCAUAACCUCCCAUGCUCCAUGGAGGAAGUAAUUGACAGUUACCUAUCAAUGCCUGGAAGACAAGCUUCAAUCCCUUCGACUCCUGCCAAGGCUGAUCUACCACCAAAUGAAUUUAUGGUUAACACUCAAAGUGAAUGUUCAAGAGGAAAAUGUAGAAUAGUAUUCUCUGAUGAAACCCAUGAUAAAGAGGCAAGUACUGUAGAAAUAGUUACAAGUUUCAAUGCUCAAUCAGCACCAAGAAGCCCAAAUGAUUCCUACUGCAGCAGCAGCACAUGUUUGAUGAAUGGAAAACAAACAAGGGGAUUAAAAAGAGAGCAUUCAUGUACAACUGAUGAAGCGUACAAUUCUUUGCAGCCAUACGUAGCGCUGCUCCCAGUAAGGGAAUAUAGCAAUGCCAGAAUGUCCUUUCCAUCAAUUUACAAGGAAAAGAGAACUGAGAAAGCACAAGAUUCAGCCACAUCCAGCAGAUCAUCAACUGUGACUGCUACAGCAAAUCUUGUGCAACAAUCACCAAUAUGCCCUCCAAAUGAUAGCUGUGCAAAUCCUUAUACAUCUCAUAUUGAUUGCACAAUUUCAGAUCCUCAGUUCGAUGAAAGUGGUGCCCCGACUGCGACAGCAAGUAGUGGUCAGGGUAAACAGCACACUUUCGAAUUCAUGCUAGCUUUGGGCCACACAAAGAGGUUGAGAAAGAAGAUAUCUAAAGGCUCUAAUCGGGUGCAAGAAAUUUGUGAGCAGUUGCCAAGUUCUCCUACCCCAGGAGUUGGAUAUUUAAACCAACCCCACCCAUGCAUGGAAGCCGUAGUUGCAGAAAACCAUGCAACAACAGCAAAGAAACGGACAAAGAGAAAUUUAAGUGCCAGUUCAGUGCCUCCUAAUAUGUAUACUGAUGGCCAAAUUGUGACUAUGUCAAUGGGUCCUCGAGUUAUGAUUUGGGAAGCCCUAUAUUCUCUGGAUGUAAUUGCUGAGCUGUUUAGGCAUCUCAAUAUUAAUGCAGAGAGCAACCAAGUAACUUGUCAAGAGGAAAAUGCACUUUUUCCUAAUGGUAUGAGGUACCAGGGGCAAAAUGCACUUGUUCUCUAUCAAAGAGAUGGAACAGUUGGGCCUUUUGAGGGCUCAUUUGAUCUAGUCAAAAAACGACGACCAAGGGCUAAAGUUGACCUCGAUGAUGAGACAAAUAGAGUAUGGAAGCUUUUGUUGGAAGAUAUAAACAGCAAGGGCAUUGAUGGAACGAAUGAGGAGAAGGAAAAAUGGUGGGAAGAAGAACGAAGAGUGUUCCAUGGAAGGGCAGACUCAUUUAUCGCGCGCAUGCAUCUCGUCCAAGGAGAUAGACGCUUCUCUCAGUGGAAGGGAUCAGUUGUAGACUCUGUAGUCGGAGUUUUCCUCACUCAGAAUGUCUCAGACCAUCUUUCUAGUUCUGCCUACAUGUCUCUUGCUGCACGAUUUCCCCUUUUGUCAAAGAGGAACCAUGGAUCACCUCAGGAAGAGAGAACAGAUCUACUGACAGAAGAACCGGGAGUAUGUGUAAUAGAUCCUGAUGAUACCAUUCAAUUGUACGAGCAGCAGUCCAAUCAGACAGUCAGUGAUCAGGGUUCUACGAUGCUCCAGACUGUGAAAAAUAAUGGAGAAAAAGACAGCAAUGCAUCCUCUAGAAGCAGCACCAUUGGCAUUACGUCAGCUGAUACUUCAGAGAUCCAAUUUUUAGAUUCUUCUAAAAAUAGUCCAGAUAUGAACCCCAAUUCUGCAGCAUAUAAAUCAGGCACUCAGAUUUCAAGAACAGUGGCAAUUUGUACUGGAGGUCAAAGAGAAAUGGAUGAUUUAUUUUCUUCUCAGAAUUAUGUUGCUUCCUCUCCAAAAUCUCUGGACUCUUCAAUUGCUCAAACUGAUGAAAGAAUAGGAUCAUGUUUACAGAGCAGUUCAGAAGGAGAACUAACAGCUGGAUCUAUACCCAGCAGUUUUGGGAGCUCCACUUCUUUUGUAAAACUAUUACAGAUGGCAGGAACCUUGCCACAAGAAGUUUACAAUCAGGCAAGUGGAAACAUACUGUUCAAGUAUGGGAACAACCAAUCAGAAGGUAUGGCAAGUGACCCACAAGGGCAGAACAAUGACAGAUCAGACAGUGGCAAAACCACCUCAAGGCUGACCAUACCUUCAAGUGCUAAUAGUUUGCACCAUAUCCCCGAUCCAGGAGCACAGAGGGUUGAAUGCUUCUCCAUGCUGGGAGAUGAAACCAGAUUUUCUGGUAUAAUGAAGAAAAGAGAAGAAAAUUGUACCAGCCAACAAAGUGGAUUCUCAGAAGAAUUUUCCAUUCAAGCUACAGUUCAGAGGAUCAGGACUGUGUGUUCUCAAAAAGCACCUAAAUCCUUCAGUGAAAUUGAUCGCCCAAGCAGCAACCUUCAGAUUGAGGUGAAUAAAUUCUUCCAGUCUCAAAAGACAGUUGAAGGUCCAAACGACAAUGUUGGAUCACAGCAUCAAGAGAAUAACCGUAAAAUGCAACAAGUUCUAGAUGCUCCAAACUUCUCAGGAGAGACCUUGGAUGUCAGUGAAAGCACCAGCAUCAUUGAUGAUGGUUCAAGAAAAAUGGUGCACAAAGCAGCCGAGUCAAAUAGUUGUCGUCUUGGUAGGACAGUUGAUUGCAUGAAUACUGAUUCUUCUAAUGCAAAAAGGGGAAGACCUACAAAACAUACACAAACUGCAGUUGACUGGGAUAGCUUAAGAAGACAAGUGCAAGCCAAUGAUAAGAAAAGAGAACGAACAGCCAAUACAUUGGACUCAUUGGACUGGGAAGCAAUAAGGUGUGCAGAUGUUAGCGAGAUUGCCCAGACCAUCAAAGAAAGGGGAAUGAACAAUGUGCUUGCAGAGAGAAUCAAGGAUUUCCUUGACCGGCUCGUCAGAGAACAUGGAAGCAUUGAUCUGGAAUGGCUAAGGGAUGUUCCACCUGACAAAGCAAAAGAGUAUCUAUUGAGCAUAAGAGGCUUGGGUUUGAAGAGUGUAGAGUGUGUGCGGCUUUUGACUCUUCACCAUCUUGCCUUCCCAGUUGACACGAAUGUUGGGCGCAUAGCUGUAAGACUAGGAUGGGUACCUCUUCAGCCACUGCCUGAGUCUCUCCAACUGCAUCUCCUAGAACUGUACCCUGUAUUGGAGUCAAUUCAAAAGUAUCUUUGGCCACGACUCUGCAAGCUCGACCAAAGAACAUUAUACGAGCUGCAUUACCAGAUGAUUACUUUUGGAAAGGUUUUCUGCACAAAGAGCAAACCAAAUUGCAAUGCAUGUCCAAUGAGAGGAGAAUGCAGGCACUUUGCCAGUGCAUUUGCAAGUGCACGGCUGUCCCUGCCAGCACCGGAGGAGAAAAGCAUACUGACUGCAACUGAUAGCAGAGCAGCUGAUGGAAAUCCCAUGGGGAUUAUCAAUCCAAUACAGCUCCUUCUGCCUCAGGCUAAUCAACAAUCAGAAGCGCAGUCUGAAGCCAGCAACUGCAAUCCCAUUGUUGAAGUACCAGCCUCGCCAGAGCCUAUUGUUGAAGUACCUGCAACGCCAGAGCAAGAACAGACACAAAUACUGGGAAGUGACAUUGAGGAUAACUUCUGUGAAGAUCCUAAUGAAAUUCCUACCAUCAAACUUAACUUUGAGGAGUUCACUCAAAAUUUGCAGACUUACAUGCGAAAUAAAAUGGAACUGCAAGAGGGAGUUAUGUCAAAAGCCUUGGUAGCUUUAACUCCAGAAGCUGCUUCAAUUCCUAUGCCUAAACUUAAAAAUGUCAGCCGGCUAAGAACAGAGCACCAAGUCUAUGAGCUUCCAGAUUCACAUCCACUAUUGGAAGGGUUGGACAAACGGGAACCAGAUGAUCCGUGCUCAUACCUGCUUGCCAUAUGGACACCAGGUGAAACUGCAAAUUCAGUUCAGCCACCAGAAACAUGGUGCAGCUUCCAAGAAUCAGGCAAAUUAUGUGAUGAGAAAACAUGUUUUUCAUGCAACAAUAUACGAGAAACGAACUUGCAAACUGUUCGAGGGACACUCUUGAUACCAUGUCGAACAGCAAUGAGAGGGAGCUUUCCACUUAAUGGUACAUACUUUCAAGUUAAUGAGGUGUUUGCCGAUCAUGAAUCUAGCCUUCACCCGAUUGAUGUUCCUAGAGCUUGGAUAUGGAAUCUGCCAAGACGAACAGUGUAUUUUGGAACCUCCAUCCCAACGAUAUUUAAAGGUCUAUCAACAGAAGGAAUUCAAUACUGCUUCUGGAGAGGGUUUGUUUGCGUGAGGGGAUUUGACUUGAAGACACGAGCUCCGCGUCCACUCAUCGCUAGAUUGCACUUUCCAGCAAGCAAGUUAAACAAGACAAAAGAAAAGACAGACGAAAAAUAGGCAUUUAUUCACUCACACCAGCUAACGACUGCAGAACUGCAUCCAGAGCAGCAGCAGGCCAACCUCCAGUGACAUGGUAUUAGACUAGAGUGGCUUAGUUCAUAGAAAAGAUAGAAAAGAGGAGUUGGCUAACUUGUAACAUCCCAAACUGAAUCGGAAUGUAGUCUCUGUAGAAAAUGUUGAUAAUUAUUUAUAUCAUGCUCAGUUGAUAAAUUGCGAAAUAACGCCAA